CUGCGCAAACCCGGGAGCGCCCGAGCCCGGCGGCGCGGGGCGCGGGGAGCUUGGGGCUGUUAACCGAAGCCUGGGCGCCCGCGUUUGCGCAGGCGCCUCGGGGUUUGCGGCCUCGCCCUUGUCCGUUCAGGUCUCCCUUGGCCCACGGGCCCCACGAGCGGCCGGUUCCGAGAGCGCCGGGUUCCGCGGGCGCCGAGUUCCGCGCGCUGGAAAGACGCGGCGGCGGGAGCCCUGAUUGCUCUCCUUCAACAUGUGCAUUAUGAAGUUAUUAAUAUUACUUUUAUUUUCUGGACUUACAACUGGCUACAGAGAAAAUUCCUCCUACAGUUUGCCACCCAAGUUACUACUGGUGUCCUUUGAUGGAUUCAGAGCUGACUAUUUGCAGAACUAUGAAUUUCCCCAUCUCCAGAAUUUUAUCAAAGAAGGUGCCUUGAUAGAGCAUGUUAAAAAUGUUUUUAUCACAAAAACAUUUCCAAACCACUACAGUAUUGUGACAGGCUUGUAUGAAGAAAGCCACGGCAUUGUGGCUAAUUCCAUGUUUGAUUCAACCACAAAGAAACAUUUUUCUGACUUCAAUGACAAGGAUCCUUUUUGGUGGAAUGAAGCAGUACCUAUUUGGGUGACCAAUCAGCUUCAGGAAAACAGAUCAAGUGCUGCUGCUAUGUGGCCUGGUACUGACGUAUCCAUUCACAAUACUACACCUUCAUAUUUUAUGAAUUACAGCUCUUCAGUGUCAUUUGAGGAGAGACUAAAUAAUAUUAUCAUGUGGCUGAGCAAUUCAAGCCCACCAGUCACCUUUGCAGCACUCUAUUGGGAAGAACCCGAUGCCAGUGGCCACAAAUACGGACCUGAAGAUAAAGAAAACAUGAGCAGAGUGUUAAAAGGAGUAGAUGACCUUAUUGGGGAUCUGGUUCAUAAACUCAAAACGGUAGGAUUAUGGGAAAAUCUUAAUGUGAUCAUUACAAGUGAUCAUGGGAUGACCCAGUGUUCUGAAGAAAGAGUAAUAAACUUGGACCUCUGCAUUGACCACUCAAACUACACUGUCAUAGAUUUAACCCCAGUUGCUGCAAUACUUCCCAAAACAAAUAGAACAGAGGUUUAUAACAAAUUGAAAAACUGUAACAGUCACAUGAAAGUCUAUCUCAAAGAAGACAUUCCUGCCAAAUUUCAUUACCAACAUAAUGAUCGAAUUCAGCCUAUUAUUUUAGUUGCUGAUGAAGGCUGGACAAUUGUGCUUAAUAAGUCUUUAACAAAAUUAGGUGACCAUGGUUAUGAUAACUCUUUGCCUAGCAUGCAUCCAUUUCUAGCCGCCCAUGGUCCUGCAUUUCACAAAGGCUACAAACAGAACACAAUUAAUGUUGUGGAUAUUUAUCCAAUGAUGUGCCACAUCUUGAGAUUGAACCCACAUCCCAAUAAUGGAACCUUUGGCCAUACCAAGUGUAUGUUAACUGACCAGUGGUGCAUUAAUCUCCCAGAAGCCAUUGGAAUUGUUACUGGUGCACUCUUGGUCUUAACUACUCUAACGUGCCUCAUAAUAAUCUUGCAAAAUAAACUGCCUGUGCCUCGUCCGUUUUCCAGACUUCAGCUACAAGAUGAAGAUGAUGAUCCUUUAAUUGGGUAAUGUGUUGGGGUUUAUACCAAGUAUCUUUGGUUAGUCACAAAGCCAAGUAUUUACCCAGAAAAUGGUGUUAUAACUGUAAAAAAUAUAUACGUUGAAGAAGGGACAAAAAUUUUAUACCAAACAUGCUAAAAUUAUUUUGUUUUUCCCUUACGUUUUGAUGCAUUAAAUGCAUACCCUGGUUUUAUGAAAAUUGCUAAUAAUACAUUGAUUGACAUCAGUGCUUUCUCUAGAAAGUCUUUUUUGAGAAAAAUACUGCAUAUGCACUUUGUUUUUGGUUUUUGCAACAAAGGUCUGCUAGAUCUUUAGAUGAAAAAUGUGCCAACUUUCAGUGGGCAUGCUUUUCUAAUUUUAUACUUGUAAAUGAAACAACAGAAAUCCUUAUACAAUUAGUGGGGUUUGUGUAUCAGGGGGAAAAGUUUCCUUAUAUUUUUAUAUUUACUUUUAGUAGAUUUUGUAUUUCCAAGCCGAGGGAUAGGCAGUUCUGUAGUGAUUAAUAAAAUCUGUUAGCUAGUCAGAAAAGAGCUGGAAUACAAAGAAAUUUUAAAUUUCAAGAAAAAGUUUCAUGAAAAACAAUGACCAUGUAAUAUAAUACCUAAGCCUUCAUCUUACGUCUUUGUUAAAACUGUUGUUGAUCUCGAAAGGUAUAUUCUGAAGAUAACUGCUAAUAAGAAAUUAAUAGAAAGAAGUACUUUUCUUUGUGCUCAGUGUCUGUGUGUAGGUAUUUUAGUUGUUUGUGUUUGUGCGUGCAAGUGUGCGUGCGUGCAUGUGUGUAACGCAUUUCUGCUUGAACGUAUGGGUGUGUAGACUUAAAGUUACAUAAUCAGAGAUAGAAGAUAACAGAAUAUUAGUUGGACUUACACAUUUCUGUAGAACAGAGAUCUCGAGAAAGGUAGUUUUUACACUGCUAUAUUAACUUGCUCUCUUCUGAUCCACAAGUUAAAAAUCAUAAUUUGAAAUUUUUUCAUUAAGUUUCAGGCCAGAGUGAUAGUACAGCCAGUAGAGUGUCUGCCUUGUAUGUGGCCAAGCCAGUUCCCAUCUCUAGCAUCUCCAUAAGAUCCUCUGUGCCAAGGAGCAAUUCGCAGGCACUGAGCCAGGAAUAAGCCUUGAGCACCCCCAGGUAUGCCCCCCCCCAAAAAAAAAACCAAAGGGAAAACAUUUUAUUAAAUUUGUUGCCAUUUUCUCAAAUUAUUUACUGUAACUAGAAUACUUUGAAGUUCUACAGAAAAAUUUCUAUCCUGAGCACAGAUCUGGUUUUGACUGGGUCAAAAUAAGGAAGAGAGAUUUUUAUGCUUACCUUUGAAACUUCAUGUCUUAUCUUUUUGGCAAUAGUUAUUUUUAUGGAAUUCAGGAUCAUAUACCUUACUCAUCUGUUAAGUCACCGAGUAACCUCUUAGCACUAUUAACUUUCUGUCCCCUGAGUGCUACCUCUCUCUCCAAUAUUUGAUUCAUAGAGAUAGCUUUGGCUAUCUUUGCUAGGCAGCAGCUGUGAUAAACAAAAUAUUAAUAUGAAGAAAACUGAGAUGCAGCAGACUAGAUUGUAACUGCAAAAUGGAAAAUUAAGUUCAGGGACCAAUUAUCAGUACCUGGGACAAGUGAUUAAUAUUAAUAGCAUAAUGUUUGGCAAUUUAAUGUCUUUUAAAAUACAACAAGUAACCUAUAGCAAAUGGACAGCCCAGUUAAAUAGUGGUAAAGAGUGCAAAAUGAUGCCAGUUAUCAAACCUGUAAUUAUCUUGCUUGGCCUCUGCUAAUUUCCUCGUCCUAGUAUUUGGUGCCCUAUGUAUUUGAAAUAUUGAGAAGCAUUUCCACUCUUUGUGUUAGUAACCCAUGCUAUUGGUCACAAGGUCCUGUAAUAAAACCAACAUAACAAAUGAAUAAGAGGAAAUCAAUAGGAUUAAUUUUGCCUUUUAAUACUUUUUUUUAUGUUUUUCUCUCACAUAAGAGCUGAUAUGUACAAAAUAAUAGAAUUUUUUUUUCCACUUUGGUUUCUAUUGAAAGCAGAGCAAAGAAUAGAAAGAUUACAUUUAAAGUCAUAGACAUACUUUGAAUUAUUUUAUCACAGAAGAAUAUUUUAUACUAAUUGAGUAGAAGUUGGUCUUUCUAGUGGUGUCAGUGUUUGAGCGUACAUUAGCUUGAUGGGUGGUUAAAGUUUCAGAAUGUGUAAGUGUCAUUUAGCCUGUGAGUUAUAUAUAGGCUAUAAUAGGAAGGGAUACUUUGCCAGUGUCUUAACCCUUUGUAGGAAAGUCAUUUCCUAUUCAUCUCGACUUCUGUUCCAUCCUCAAAAUAUUAAAUUAAAUUAAAUUAAAAUUGUAACAUUUUUAUGUAUAUGUUGACAGGACAAGAAGAACAAUAUUUAUUUGAUCAGAGUUUAUAUAUUAUAUUGAAUUUUAUAUUACAUCGUUUGUAUCUUUAAAAAUUAUCACUUUUCAAGUCACUGAUUCUUCUACUACUCUGAGAAACUCUUUUAGUAAAAUUAGCCUUUAUACACUGAGGUUUGGUGAAUAUUUUGUUAAUUAACUAAUAUGCUGCUAUGUUCUUCGGAUAGUGGAAAAUGUUUGGUUCUAGGAAAAACUAUUUCUGAUAAUAAAACUUACAGGUAAUAGAAAAAACCUUUUUUUUGUUAAUUCUGUGAGUGAAGUACAGUAGCUACAGAGUAAGUACAGUUCUUAUGUUAUAUAAGGGGCAUUUCUGCUGUUAAUAAUGUCCAAGAUCGUCUGUUCUCAGUAUAAUAAAAAUUAUUUUAAUGUGC